AUGAACUUUUUAGAUGUCAAAGAUGCCCGUUUCCAUGACUUCAGGAAAACUCUAGACGCGCGAAUGAAGGAGCUAGCAUCCCAAGGAAUAGGAGUGUCUAUAAAGCAAGCGGAUCCGUUAACGCCGGAACAAGAAGACGUCCUGUGGGAGAAAAAAUUACUGGGAUCGCAUACUUCGAAGAGUUACAUUAACACUGUAUUUUAUUACAACUGCAAACUUUUUGGACUCCGUGGACCAGAUGAACACCGAAAAUUAGAGGUAUGUCAAAUCAAAUGUGGCGAUUCUGAUGGCAACAUUGAAUUUUGUGGGCGCACGUCAAAGAAUUUCUCCGGAGGAUUACACCAGAGAAACAUUCUUGCCAAGACGAUACGCCACUACUCAGAAUCCGGUACACUCCGCGCAGUUUGUUUGAUGUUUAUUCACAUUUCUCUGGUGGGGGAAGGAUCAUUCUAUAGACGACCACUCCCGGGACCCGAACCACGUUUCGGAAUCCAUCCUAUAGGGGUCAACAAGUUGGGUACCAUUAUCAAGACCAUGUGUGCCGAGGCAGGGUUUGUGGGGAACUUUUCAAAUCACUCGGGGAAACGGACCUGUUCAACGACAUUGUUUCAGUCCGGUUUUGAAGAGCAACAGAUCAUGGAGAGAACGGGGCACCGUAGUUCCGCAGUUAAAACGUACAAAAGGCAAUCGGAGCAACAACUCCUUGAAGUAAGUCGAGCACUGGAGCCACCCCAAAAAUCCCUGAAACAGUGUGACGACGUGGAGAAGGAAAAUGCCAUUAUUCCAAAACCGGAGGAUGACGGGAAGGAAAAUUCUACUAUUCUACCUAAACACCCUGAACAGGAUGUGCGAAUUCCUAUGGGAGAUAAAGCUAUCCGCUUCGAGAAUUGCUCCGUGUCAAUGUCUUUUUUUGUAAACAGUGAUUUCAAACAUUUGUGUGGAGAAGGAGAAAGCCAUUAUUCCAAAACUGGAGGAUGCCGGGGAGGAAAAUUCCAAUAUUCUACCUAA